AUGACGUCAUCACCUAAAAUCAGUGAUGUCUCUUUUAUUUCGGACUUUGUGUCCAAAUAUCAGAAAGGCAUGGAAAUGACCUAUACCAUCGACGGAAAAUCUCGCGAAAGUGAAUUCAAUAAGAAAAUGGGCAGUGUUGCGAUCAUCCUAUUUCACAAAGGACUCAAUAAGUUCUUGCUUGUGCGGCAGUUCCGUCCAGCGGUCUUCGUUGGUCAUGUCUCCCGUCUUCCCGAGAAUGAAGGAAAAGAUUUCAACGAGAUCGACUGGAACAACUACGACCCGGAACUCGGCUUCACGAUGGAACUUUGCGCGGGGCUUAUAGACAAAGAGGGACUUACUCCUGCUGAAAUCGCAUCUGAAGAGGUUGCUGAAGAGUGUGGUUAUCGUGUUGAUCCGGAAGAUUUGCUUCAUAUAACCACAUUUAUUGUUGGAGCGCAUCAGUCAGGAAGUCUUCAGUAUGUGUAUUAUAUUGAAGUAGAUGAAUCCAUGAAAAUCAGCGAAGGAGGAGGCAAUGUUCACGACGGCGAGGUUAUCACAAAAGUGUUCUUAACACCGGAGGAAGCACUGGCUAUAGCUCGUCCAGAAACCCAUGCUGUUGUUAAGGGUCCUCCAGGCGUCCUCUUCGCAAUGCAAUGGUGGUUUUUCAUUCUGAAUCCAGACAGAAAAGGUCUGAUUGCCAGCCCACCAUCCGAUUAUAAAUUCAUCCCUCACAAUCCGAAACCCAUCUCUAACGUUCAGUUUACAACCGAUUUCGAUAAGAAGAAAUAUGGGUACAAUCCGAAAAGAAUGACUUUUACUAUGCAUGGAAUAACGCGUAGCUGGGAUCUCGCAUUGUGUCCGGACACGGCGACUUGCAUCAUGGUGGAUAUGACGAAAAGACAGCUGAUACUAUUGCAAAAGUUGAGACCUCCUGUAUUUAUCGGAAAAUGCCGAGCCAUGGAGGAAAAUAUUGGCAAGUCUUUGGACGAGAUCGACUUUUCAAGUUAUGACGCCAACAUGGCGUAUACUCUUGAACCGGCGGUCACUAAAGUUCCUCAACACGACGAUCCUCGGAAGUUCAUUCGAAUCGCAGUCAAGCAUCUCGGUUAUGAUCUCCCUGAAACUGAUUUCCAACUCAAAGGCAAAUGUAUUCCUGGAAUCGGACAGUCUGGAGACACUCAGUUUAUCUAUGCAGUAGACGUCAGUAAAGCGAGAAUUUGUGAAAAAGAAGAAGAUGAAGACAUUGAAGAAGUUCGCAUCGGAUUCAACGAUCUUGCUUCUCUGUACACACAACAUCGUCUCGGUGCGCCAACCACAUACUAUGCCAUUGGUUUCGUUCUCGAUCAGCUACUUGAAAGACAUACUUUGUAA